UUGUAUGAGGUUGGCGACCCAUGUACCAACUGUCGCCAAGGACAUGGGUGGUGCUACAAAGACCUCUGUGUUGAGGAGUGUCCAAAGGGAACAAAGGAGACGGGAGAUUGCAAAUGUGCUUUGGGAGGUCACUGUAACAAGGGGACUCUCAAUACAGAGACAUGUCAAUGCGACUGUGACCGUGAACACGUCGGAUUAAAAUGCGACAGGGUUUGUAUGAACUUCAAAGAUUGUAACAAGGCUGACUGUAGUGACGCGGCUGUAGCUAAGACCCUAUGCCCAGCGGCUUGUGGACAAUGCGAUUGCAUUGACCGGGGAGAAUGCGUCCAUGGAAGUUACGAUGCGUCGCCAAAAGUUUGUGGCUGCGUAUGUGAAAACUCUUGGUCGGGAAGCAAAUGCGAUGUGUGUCACAACUAUACAUGUCACAAUGAUGGAGUUUUUAACAGCAGUCGAUGUGCCUGUGAUUGUCCAGAUCAAUGGGGAGGCAAAACGUGUACAGCUGACUGUAGCAUAGGGGACCCAACUAAAUGGCCAUGCCACCAUCACAAUGAAUCUGUCUUCUUAUAUUCCUGUAGAAAUUCUUGGUACCGUAACCAAUGUCAUCCAAAUUGCUACCCUCGUUGUAUGAAAUACUAUUUGAAAAAGUGCCCCAGUCUCUCAAAACCAUUGGAAUGUACGAAUGGAGGAAGCUUCAACUCUACUACAUGCGUGUGUAUGUGUAAAGAGGGAUACUUGGGCAAGACAUGUGAAAAAGUUGACUGUGACACUGGUGUCAAUCGUAACAAAUGGCCAUGUAGUUCUCAUAACGAUAAAGAGUUCGUAUAUUCUUGCCGCAAUUCCUGGUUCAGCGAUAGGUGCAUAUCAGUCUGCAAUCCUGAUGACUGUAAAGGUUGUGUUGACCGUGGCCAGUGUGUCCAUGGAAAAUACGACACACGGUCAGAAGUUUGUGGCUGCGUAUGCGAGAAUUCAUGGUCCGGAGGAAAGUGUGACGUAUGUCAAAAGUAUACUUGUAAAAAUGGCGGAGUCUGGAACCCCAAGAAAUGUGGCUGUGAUUGUCCAAAACAAUGGGCAGGAAAGAAUUGUGGAGUUGACUGUAGCGUAGGGGACCCUACUAAAUGGCCGUGCAGCAGUUAUGAUGAAUCUGUUUUUGUAUAUUCAUGUGGGAAUUCUUGGUUCAGGACUCGGUGUCACUCAAAUUGCUACCCUGUUUGUAUGAAUUACUUUAAAACGAAAGAUUGCCCUAAUCUCUCAGGACCAUUGGUUUGUGAGAAUGGAGGAACAUUUGACCCAACUUCAUGCAAGUGCCUUUGUAAGACGGGAUAUGCAGGCAUCAACUGUGAGAAAGACGAACAAAGUACAACUGCCAAGCCGACUACAUCUGCCAAACCAGACAAACAAACUACAACUGACAUGCCGACUACAUCUGCCAAACCAGGAUCUUCUUUUGAGAGUUUGGGCUGCUAUCAAGGAGGUGAUCGUAGACCUGAUUCAGUCCUCCUGAAGAACAUGCGUUCUAGUCUGCAGUGGUUUAAUAUGACUCCACACGUGUUAGAAUGUGCGCGAGUAGCCAUUGAAAAGAACGUAAACGUAUUUGGAAUUGAGUUUUAUGGAGAAUGUUGGGGGGUUAAGAAUGACGCUGAUUCAAGCCUUUGGCAAAAGAAAGAUCAUGGAUGUGUCACUGGCAAUUGGACUGGGAAUUAUUUGCUUGGAGGUCCCAAUGAAAUUGCCCUAUACAGACAAGUAAAAUAAGAAUGCAACACGAUCAACCUGAUUGGCAUACUACAAGGACAGAGGAGGUUGAGUAAUACAUUUGCAUAUGACGUUGAAUUGUUAAUCGCGUUACAUUCUCAGCAUACUGUUUUACUUCAAUCUCACCGUCAAUUUGUGAUAAAGUUUAUGCCAAUAAAAAACAGCAAAUUGAAA